CCUCCGAUGCAGCAUGCGAGAUUGCCGUCGUGAAAUCCCUGAUCAAGAAUAUGAAGCGUCUUCCCCUCUUCGCAGCUGCGUCCUGCCUCACGCCCCCAGGUCCAUUUUUCUUCGUACGGCGAAUGAUGAAGCUUUUUUUCCAGAUCACAUGAGCCAGGAUGAAGGGGGAAAAUCCUGCUAGGAACCAAGAUGGGCUACAAGUUUGAAUGCGAUCAAGGGGAGAUACAGAUUGUUACACUGAAGACUAUAAAAGAAUGUGCUCACCACAAGAGCAAACAUUUUUCCAGGUGAAUGACUCUCAUGAAGCAGCCAUAAAGAUGACUGAAGACUCUGUUUCAAGGAGGCCCGUGGCCACUGACAAAUCGUAUUUCUAUUUCACCACUGCUUUCCUCUCUGUCUGCCUCGUGUUUGCCCUAGCAACCAUCAUGAUCUUAAUCGUUCAGAAGACGGGGCCUACUCCUGAAAAGCCAGGCAAUACACUUCAUUUUGUGGGAGGAAAUGAUUCAGAACUCUUUUUAAGAAUCCUAAAGAAUGUUCCAUUUAAGACAGCUGCUGCAUACAUGAGAGCAUUAAAACCAAAUAAUACAGAGCUGAAAUGGACUGAGUAUGGUGUUCGUCAAGAUAUCCAGUUCCACGAGGGAAUUCCAGUGAUCCAGACACAGGGCCUUUACUUGAUCUUUUGCCACUUGAACUUUAAUAUACACAACUGCUCAGGCGACACAAUAGACAUAAAACUGCAGAUGUUUGUGAAUGGUGAUCCCAGAAGGCAAACAAUAAACACGCUGUGUACAUCAAAUGAGGUCUCUAAAAGGAUUUACAAGGAGUUCUUUCAACUUUUUCUGGAGUACCUAAAUGUGAAUGACCGAAUAUCAGUACAAAUUGAUAAGUACCAGUAUUUGGAUUUUGCUGUUCUUCCCAAUGAAAACGUUCUUGGGGUCUUCAGGUACAGUAAUUAAUAUAAUGUGAGGAUUGCCCUAUUUCCUCAUUACAGCUCAGAAUAUCAAUAACUUGACUCUGGACAAUACCUUAUUUAAAUUGACACAUUUUACUUCAUCACUAGGGUAAACAAGGAACUUUCAACAUGAAAUCAAAAAACACUGCAAAGCAUGAUCCUGAUAGAUGUAGUAAGACACUGAACUUUCUCAGGGUGGGAUUGCCCUGCUAUAAACAAACAAAAAAAAAACCAACACCCCCCCAACCUAUUAUUGCAAGACUGUCUGGCAGGAAUGAGACUAUCAAAUAACUCACAAGCAAGGCAAUGAUUCCCUAAAGCAACAUUACAUAAAAACAAACAGGCAAAAUCCCAGCCAGGCUCUAAAAUCCAUGUUCCAUGUUGAGAUUAAUCUGCUAUCUUCCUUGCAAAGAAACAGCUGGCCAAAAUGAUUAUCAUGGGGAGACUGAGACAUCUUUUCAUCUGAACUACUUACUUACAUAAUAUUUUGAGCUACUCUUUCCAAAACUAACAGUCAAGACUAAUAUCUAAUGCUUUCUUUACAACUAUAGCAACUUUAAAUCUGUGAGUAGCCUUCAACAGAAUCAUUGAAAGUACAGAUGAGAAGAAAAUAUGGGAAGAGACAAAGUGGAGUCCAGAAGUCAAAGUACUGUGCUGGGAUGGAGGAGACCUGUGCUCUCUGCCACAUUCUGUUACUGGCUUUCUGUGCAAUUUUGUUUUCCAUUUGAUUAUGUGUUGUAUUAAAAUCGUUAGCUCUUUGGGACAAGUGCUAAAUGUUUGUAUCCUGCCCAGAAAAAAUGGCACCCUGAUCUCAAACAUGGCCACUAGGGGCCCCAAUAUUAGCAAAUAUUAAAUUAAUAAUAAUUUGGAUAGUGUGCAAUAUAAGAGUAGUCCUUUACAAUGCAAGUUCUAGUGCUGUUUCCAGUCCAGUUUUAAAAGGACAUAAAUGUAUAUCAACCCUGCUUAUCAGGGUCUUAGAGAAGGAAUAGCCCACAUUUAAUGUGUGAAACUUUGUGACCAGCUGUCUGAAUUCCCAUAUUUGAGAAAGUUUGGUUAUGACCCACUACAAAGAUAGUCCUAAAUUCUCUAUAUGUAUGAAAUAAUCGAAAAAUGUUUGCUAGAAAUUUAAUUCCUAUAACCACGGGACCAGCAGAUAUCGAAAAGUAAAGAAAGAUCAGAUCUGUUAUCAUUACAAGCCUAUUGGUGUAAGCCUUUUCUAAACUGACUAUGUUUGUUUUAAUCACUUGAUUACAGCUGGGUAAACUAUUAAUAACAACCCAUUUAUACAGUGAAUUUAGCUCCCUUUUGUAUUUGAAUUAUCCCGAAGCAAAAUUCAAAUUUUACUAAUUGUUUUAUUAUUCAGGUUCAUCUAAUGAAAGGUUUGUAUGAGCACAUCCAAAAUAUGCAUAACGUACUCCUUGUGUCAUGUGACUGAUCGCAUAAGUCAUAAGAUAUGUUUUUAUUUCUCCCUCACUAGUGGAGUAACUUCCAAACGCAAAAAGUGCUUUCAAAAUGCUUAUGCAGAACAUAUCCAGUUAAUUCAUGCAAAUUUGCAAUUGCACAAAUAUACACAUGCAAGUAUGUGUUUAUGCAACAACUAACACAACUUUCCCUGUUUUGAUGUACAGUGUCAAAAAAUGAACAACAGGGAUUCCAGGUACCUUGGAAAUAAAUUCCUCCACCCCCUCUUCUUUUUAUUAAAAACAGUACAUUUGUAUAGCAUUUGCCUAGCUCUGCACAUGUACGUUGCCUUCAGACCAUCACUUGCAUCUGAGCAAUUCUCCAGGCCUAAAAACAUUAACCAUCUAUGAAUGUUUUUGUAACUAACAUAUUUCCUCACUGCACCCAUGUACCAUAUGACCCAGAGCAAGUGAAAAGGCCCAUAACUCAGUGGAAUUGUUAUCAAGUUCAGAUUUCUCAGAUAUGAGUUUGCUGUUUGGGGAUCAUGACUUCUAGAAUGCGGAAAAGGUAGCAAAUGAAUACAGGGAAGCAUUUACACAAAAAAGAGAUUUUGAAUUGGAAAAGGAUAGUUCUUUAAAAAUGUUCCUCUUUACAGAUUAUUAUAUUCUGUUAUUUCAGCAGAGGGAGAAACUCAUGAAAUAGCUGUGCUUGGCUGAUCAGCCCCUGGCCUUGUGCUAUCACAGGCCAGAACAAUCUGGCCCUUCCUCUGCCACCUUGAAGAAAUAAGCAUAAAUUAUAGUCAUAAAAACAGAUCAUGAUCAGGGUACAUUUUUGUCAUCAGUUAUAUGCAUGUCAAACAGGGUUCCUUAAAACAAAGCCCUAAGCCAAGCACCGGUCUCCCCCCUUCAUUGCAGACUCCAAGUCAUUUUAUUAUUUCAUUAUUUCCCCCUCAUCUAGUUUUCUGAUACGUUCAUUUUGGACUAUAUUGCUGUAAUCAUAAAAGCCUAAUCUGAUCCCUGAACUAGAACAUGCCAUUUCUACAAUGUCAGUAGUGCUGUGGAGGAAAUGUUAUUCUACAGACUGAGCUUUCACUGACUGCAGAAUACCAAACGCUCAAAUCAUCACCUUUAAGAAGAUUCCUUUCUUUUAGACCUCCCAAACUUGGUCUUCCCCAUGUAGGUCCCAAAGUUGUUCUUACCCAGGCAACACUCAAAAAGGCCUCUAGAACUUUUGGUCAUCAGUAGGGUCUUUAAUUCUGUCUUUCUCAAUGUAAGAACUCCCCCAAGUAUCUACUCUGAGUUCCCCCCAUAGGCCAGACCAGACUACCAAAGGCUACCAAAGUCACUUAAGGCUGUUGAAAAUCCCUUUCCCAUCUUCACAUGUGGCAAAUAUGGCCUUCUGAGCUUAUGUUCCCUUGCUAACUUGAUCAGUAACAGGAAGUCUCAGAAGUCUCACAAGGAAGUCUGAUCUCUUGAAGUUUCUAAACCAUUGUCAAAGGGUAGAACGGUUGUCUGAAUUGUUUUUGACUUGCAUCUAUGGAUGUUUGAACAUUUGUUGGUACUUAGGGAUGAGAUUUUCAAAAGUGUAUAGCAUCGCUCUCUUUCCUUUUGCUGUAAUGGGGAGCUCUAUCACUGAUUCCAAUAGAAUCAAGUUAACACUGAGCACGUUUACACGAGAUGCUGACUGUGCACUGGCCUAAUAACACUGUGCAGUAGCGUGUCACAGCA